GUAUCAGAGCAGGUUUAAUCCUUUGAACUUGUGCUGCAUCCUUUGAAUCCCGAAUCCUGAAGAACACCACAAACAGCUGCUUACCACCACCAUUGAAUUCCAAACCACCAUCACCCUACCUUUUUUAGAAAAAAAAAAAAUUCAGAUCCAUCUUGAAACCCUAGAAAACCCAAUCUUGCAAAAAUCCCGAAUUCCUCAAUGGCCGGACCUGUAAUUGAAGGUGAACAGUCAAAUCCUGAGAAGGCAAUGGUGCUAUCCUCACAAGUCAUCCAUCACCACUACACCACCCAACAUGACAACUCUGCGUUCCCAACAAGUGUUGUCUUGAAUGAAUCCAACUACACCAUAUGGGCUCCUCUCAUGCGGAUGCGCAUUGGAGCACGAGGGAAGGUUGGUUAUUUGACCGGAGUGAAGGCUGAACCCGCCAUAAAUUCUGCAGAGUAUGAAGCUUGGGCCACGGACAAUGAAAAGGUGAAAAGCUGGCUCAUUGACUCCAUGGAGUCCUCUCUUAUGAACCGGUAUAUUCGUCUCCCUCCUACAAAAGAUAUUUGGGAAGCUGUUGAGAAAACUUUUUAUGAUGAUUCUAAUGAAACCCGGAUUUUUGAAUUGAACAAGAAGUGUUUUGAAGCAAAGCAAAACGGACGGCCUAUUCCUACCUACUAUAAUGAGUUAGUGGCGAUGUUCCAAGAGAUUGAUCAAAGGGUGGCCUCUCAGAAUGAUAAUGUUGGAGCUGUAGUUCAAGAGACCUCAGCGAUGUCUCGGAUGCGUGUUCGCAUGUUUUUGAGUGGACUUGACCUAGAGUAUGAUCAGGUGCGUGGAGAAAUCCUGCGCAAGGAACCUAAAUUCUCUUUGGAGCAGAGUUAUGCUUACAUUCACAAGGUGCAAUCAGAGAAAUAGGCUAUGGGGCAUUCGAUACCUACCGAAUCUUCUGUUAUGGCUGUCCAACGCAAACCAAGACCUCCUCCAGGCUUCUCAGGUCCUUCUUCACAUUGUCCUCUAGGUAAACCAAAUCCAUAUGCAAAUAGAAAGUGCAUUGUGUGUGGGGAACUAGGUCAUAGCAAAGAGAGGUGCUAUGAAGUGAUUGGUUACCCUGAUUGGUGGGACUUCACCAAGAAACCACGAAAGAAUCUGAGCAAGGCAGCCAUUGCUACUACAGAGGAAGAGUGUCUAGACAAUGCCUCCGCUAAUGUAGCGCAAUCAGGACAUUCUGACUUGGCGGAUCCUUGGUUAUGGUGUUAGAAGGGGGAA